UAUUUAAAACUUUUAUUUUGGUAAAUAACUUUUACUUUAUUUUUCGCUCGUUAUCGUGACGGCUACGGCGUGCCGUCCGUACAUAUUCGUAAAGGUCGCCGUGCGCAACCUAACUAAAUGAUAAAAAUGAAAACCGGUCGGAGACCACUAUGUACACGGUAUUAUCACACAAAUAGAAAAUGGAUCGAACAUCUUGGUAUAGCUAGAAGUUUAACUCUCCAGAUGGACUUAUUGAUAUUCAAUGCUGAUCAAUAUAGACCCUAACUGGGAGGAAACUUAGAGGGACUAAACCUUUUUAAAGUUUUAAAUAAUUACAUAUAUGAUUUAUUAAAAAAAAUUAGGAAAGGAGAUUGGGCUAGCUUUACAUAUAAUGAACCCCUCCAAAAAUUUUAUUGAAAUUAUACUAAAGCUGAUCAAACAUUUUCAAAAUCGAAAUGAUAUAAAACACACAACUCGCAGACGAUUUAAUCAAGAUAAAUUUCAAAUAUUAAAUAUACAAGUAUAAAAACAUGAUGGAGUACUUAUUCGCCAUGUUACAAAGUAUUUUAAUUUUUGGGUUUGUAGUCAAUAUUAUUAAUGCUAAUGAUAGUACCAUAAACCAAAAUUAUGCUGAUAAAUAUAGGCUUCUCAAUCAUUCAUUAUAUGAAAAUGUUAUACCAGUGUAUAAGUAUCAAUGCCUACGAACUGGAAUUACUAUUGUAUUUGGUGACAUUGAUGGACCUCUUGUAAAAGGAUAUUUCACUUUGGCCACGGAAACCCACGAUAAUGAUGGUAUUCCUCAUACAUUAGAACAUUUAAUAUUUCUUGGAUCAGAAGAUUAUCCUUACAAAGGAGUUCUUGAUUUAUUGGCAAAUCGUUGUCUUGCUUCAGGAACUAGUGCCUGGACUAGUGUAGAUCAUACUUGUUUUACAGUCGAUACUGCGGGAAGUGAAGGAUUUCUUUCAUUGCUUCCAAUUUAUCUUGAUCAUAUCUUAUAUCCUACUUUAACCGAUGCUGGUUUUGUCACAGAAGUUCAUCAUAUAACUUCAGAAGGUAAAGAUGCUGGUGUUGUUUAUUGUGAAAUGCAAGGACGUGAAAACACUGUAGAUAACGUUGUAUAUUAUUCGUUGAUUAAAAAAUUAUAUCCUGGUAAAUGUGGCUACAAAUCAGUACAAGGAGGACUUAUGAAAAAUUUACGAGAAUCAACUACUAUUGAAAAAAUUCGUAAAUACCAUCAUGAAUAUUACCGGCCUGAAAAUCUGUUACUUUUUAUUACUGGAAAAGUAGACCAUUCUUCUUUUUUCAAUAGUCUAGAACCAGUUAUCCAAAAGAUUUUAUCAAAAGGAUGCCGUGGAGAAUAUGUAAAACCCUGGCAAAGCCCUGUAGAUCCUUUAACAGAAUCUUCAAAUUAUGUAGAACUAUUUCCAAGCGAUGAAGAGACAAAUGGUACUAUUACUGUUGGUUGGAGGGCACCAGUUGGGUCAAUUAAUUCAUACAAGUAUAUGGCUUGCAAUUCACUUUUAUAUUAUUUAACCUAUACUCCAAUAAGUGCUUUAACAAAGGAAUUUGUAGAAAUAUCCGAACCAUUUUGUAGCUCGGUAUCUUACUAUGUUAGUGAUAAUUUGAAUCCAUGUAUAGUUCUUGAAUUUGAAAAUGUACCAAUUCAAAAUUUAGAUGGAGAACAAAUUCCAACAAAGUUGAAAGAAAUAUUUAAUAAGCUUAUUCGUGAUGAAGAUUAUUUGGACAUAGAAAGACUGAGAAUAUCUAUUGAAAAAUAUAAGCUAUCCCUAUUAAAAAGUCUAGAAAUUAAUCCUAGUUCCACUUUAUCAACAUUAAUAAUUAAAGACUUUUUGUAUGGAAAGAGUCAAUCAGAUUUAAACGAAAGAUUGAACAGAAUUAGCACUUUGAAUAAUCUUCUUAGAGAAGAUAUCUCGUUUUGGAAAGAGAUUUUAAAUGAUUAUUUUUUAAACAAUCAUAAAAUAGUUGUAAGAGGUGUUCCAUCAAUAAAAAAAAAACACGAGCUAGCUAAUGAAGAAAUUCAAAGAGUAUCAAAACGCAAAAAUGAUUUAGGGGAUGAUGGCUUAAAAAUAAAAGCUAUUGAACUGCAAAAAGCUAAAACCGAAUGUGAAAAAAAUGCAUCCAGUGAAAUAUUGACUUCAGUAACAAUUCUUAAUAUUGAACUUAUACAGUUUUUGCCUUAUGAUACUUUUUCAUCAAAUUCAAUAAAUCAACACAAUUUAUUCAAAACUUCUGAAGUUCCAUUGUUUGUUGAAAUUGACAAUGUUAAAAGUAAUUUUGUUUAUAUGAAAGUAUUUAUUAACACUAAAGAUUUGGAAUUGAAUCUUAGAAAAUACUUACCCAUUUAUCUUGAUUUGAUAACGGAAUGUACUGUAAUACGAAAUGGUGAAAAAUUAGAUUAUGCUGAUGUCAUUGCGGAAUUAGAAAAAGAUGCAGUUUCAUGGAGUGCAUCAGUUGGGAUUGGAUCAACAUCUUCGUUUUCUUGUGGAACUAUUUCCUCUGUUGUACUUUUUACGAUUACUGUCGAACCAGAAAAAUAUCAUAAAAAUAUCAAAUGGCUUCAUGAUUUUCUUCAUAAUACAGUCAUUACUAAAGAAAAGUUUUCUAUUAAUUUGUCAAAAAUUAUAAAUGAAGUUUCUAGCUAUCGUAGAGAUGGAAACUAUAUGUUAGAUCAAAUUUUAAUAAAUAUGACUUACAAACAGGAUAACAAUAAUUACGCAUGCAGUAUUUUAAGACAAUAUAAUUUUUUAACUAGUUUGCAAAAAACAAUCGAAACUGAAGAAGGUUGGAAAGUUGUAAAUGAAGAUUUGAAUAAAUUAAAAUUAUUUUUAGCUAAUACAAAUAACAUUAAAUUACACAUAUCUGGCAAUUUGGAUAAAUUAUGUAAUAUUAUUCCUGAAGCUUCUGUUGCAUUACAAAAAAUUAUUCCAGAUAAUUCAAAGGCAUUAAUACAUCCAUUUAAAACACAGUUUGACUUUGAAUCUGUGUUACCUCUAAACCAAUUUGGAAUUCGAGCUUGUAUUGUAGGAAUGGGUUCUAUUGAGUCAAGUUAUUUCAAACAAGUUUCUGAUUGUAUAAACGAUUAUAACCAUCCAGACGUAGCUGCUAUUUAUGUAUUUUUGUCAUACUUUAGUCAGUUAGAAGGACCUAUGUGGAAGAAAGUUCGAGGAUCCGGAUAUGUAUAUCACUAUGAUUUUUCUCUAAAUCUAGAUGAAGGAAAAAUUUCUUUAAGUUUUUACCGUUCUGUAAAUGUACUAGCUGCUUAUCAAGCUACUAAAUCAAUAAUAAAUGAACAUUUAUCCAGUGAAUUUUCUUGGGAUACAACUCUUUUCGAAUCAGCAAAAACUUCUGUUAUAUUUAGUAUAGUUGAAAAAGAGGAAACAAUUAUUGCAUCAACUAUGCAAUCAAUUUUGUUUUACUUUCAAAAUUUAAAACAAACUUAUAACCAGGAUUUAAUUAAAAAAAUAUCAUUAGUAAAACUUGAUGAUCUUCCUGAAAUUGGUAGAAAGUAUGUGUUGCCAUUAUUUGAUCCACAAUAUUCCAUAACUGCAAUGGUAUGUGCUCCUACGAAAGUUGAAGAAAUAGCUAAUGAAUUUGAAAAAAUUGGUAUUAAAAUGAAUGUGUUCAAGUCUUUAGACGAAAGUUUUGUAAAUAACUAACCGCAUACAUAGCUAGUAAACUUUUUCAAAUACCUCUAGGAAUACUUUUUUUAAUUAUUCUAUCAAAUAUAACAAUUAUUUUAUUAAAUAAAAUAAAUUUUAUUAAAGAAAAUAUUUUACUGGGCUAAAAAUAAUCAAAUCAGACGUUCAAAAAUUUAAAAUACUCACAUU